AUGACUUCCCUCGUUUUGGCUGCGCUUCUUGCCAGCGCAUAUGGCAAGACUGUGAAGUCUCCUACUCCGCCAAUGGGGUGGAACAGUUAUAACCAUUACAACUGUCGGCCUUCCGAAGAUAUCAUCAAGAUAAAUGCCAAAGGGUUGGUUGAUCUUGGUUUCAAGGAUCUCGGCUACAGUAUCGUCACUGUAGACUGCGGAUGGCCUUCGAGGGACCGAGAUAGCAAAGGGAGACUCCAAUGGAACGAGACUUUGUUCCCGUCGGGUCCUAAAGCUCUUGGAGAUUACAUCCAUGAUCUUGGUCUGGAGUUUGGUCUUUACUCGGGUGCUGGAUAUCUUCAGUGCGGUUCAACUGACAUUCCUGCUUCCCUUGACUAUGAGGAGAUUGAUGCUAAGUCGUUCGCGGAGUGGGGAGGCGAUACUCUCAAAUAUGAUAACUGUUAUGCGACAUCCAAAACCAACAUGGUCGACGCCGACUCAGCUGAAGCAAAGAGCCCCAACCGCUUCAUUAAGAUGGCUGCAGCCAUCAAUGAAACUAAUCGUGACAUCAAGUACUUCCUUUGCCAAUGGGGUAUUGGUGAAGAUGUUCCUCAAUGGGCUGCUCCUCUAGGCAACUCAUGGCGAAUGAGUAAUGAUAUCUUCAAUGCCUGGAGAGCCAUUUGGCGCAUUACAAACCAGGUUGUCGCUCACGCCAAGUAUAAUGGGCCAGGUGCUUUUGCUGAUAUGGACAUGUUGAUUAUCGGUCUUGGUGCACUUUCACACGACGAAGAACGCUUCCACUUCGGCUUCUGGUCCAUGAUGAAAUCACCUCUCAUCAUUGGUGGCGUAAUGGAUGCCAAGCAAAUUCCCGCUGAAUCUCUCGAGAUCAUGUCAAAUAAAGAAGUCAUCGCCAUCAACCAAGAUCCUUUAGCCGAAGCAGCCAAGUUGGUUAUCCGAUACACUGAAGAAGAAUGGGAUGUCUGGGCUGGAAACCUCUCUUCCAACCGCAAGGUCCUUGGCGUUGCGAACUGGAAGAAUGAGACCCAAACCGUGAAGGUCGAUCUGUCGCUGAUUGGGGUUGAGAAGGCGGCGGCACGAGACGUUUGGGCUCAUGAAGAUCUUACCAUCUCAGGUAUCCAGGAGUUCAAACUUGCGCCUCAUGAGUUGCGACAGCUUGUCUUGUCCGACAUCAGUGCAGUCUCACCCCCCAAGUCGGCGGGGUACUAUUCAGCUGAAGACGCGACUCUCUCAGGUUCAGCUUCUCUCGUCGGUUGCAAAGACACAGAAUGUCUUCCAGCUCACAAAAAGGUCGGGUCCAUCGGAAAGGGCGCCAAAGUGGCCUUCAAGUCAGUAAGCGCACCCAAAGACGGUCCGGUAUAUCUUGGCAUCGAUUACAUUAACCACGAAUACCAUCACACGAUCGGCGACUGGGAGACAAACUCCCGGAACAUGUCAAUCUCAGUCAACGGAGAAGAUUCAAAACGCUGGGCAUUCCCGAAUGCCGGGGGUGAUUGGUUUGAGAGCGACCGGCUGACAGUUCUUGUCGAUGGGUUCAAGAAGGGAGAUAGCAAUGAGGUGACCUUUACUGCUUCAGCUUCGGGCAAUUGGGCGCCUGAUUUGGUUGGGUUCGAGGUCCUAGAGUAG